UUUUUCAACCAAACACGGCCUUACUACGCGAUGGGAGUGGUUUCACGAAGCAGAAAAACGUGGUAGUUGGAGCUCAAUUACGUUCAAAAUACCCAAUCACUGUUAGCUGCACUGUUAGUUCUCGCACAAUUCGUGGCUCUCUCACUCUCUCAAUGGCCUGCAAUACUCAAACAAUCCGACACUCAUUCAUAUCUCUCUACAACUCCAAAUGUUCUCAUGUUUUUACAAAGAAUAUUCUAACCACGUUUCCGGCACGUUUUUCUUCUCGUAGCUCAAUGAAAUUAGCUACUUCUUCACGUUCUGCAUCCGGCAUUAGCUUUAGCAGCAGUAGCUUCACGUGGAACGACGUCGUUAAAGUCUCUCAACCAGACUAUUCUCCCGACGAUUCAUCCGAUCUAAACGGCUACUUCGAAAAAAUAAAAAUCUGCAAUCGCGGUUCAGAAUUGCAAUCCGAGUUUGUUCCUUUUAUCAUCCAGGGCCAAGUUGUGGGUUAUUUACAUAAUCGUUUCGCUUGGCAGUUAAGGAGAUAUGGUGAAGUAUUCGUUUAUUCUGAGGACAAAGGAUGUCACGUGACGUUAAAUUCAAAGCUAAAAACAGCGGAGGACAGGACGAAAGCUGUUGGAGAAGUAAUUAAAUGCUUGGGGGAAGAAGUGAUUCCAGGUAUAAGAAAUGAGCUGUACCCUGUAACAUCAUCCUUCGGGGCACCAAUUUUUUUCUCCCUUGAACGUGCAGCUGCUCCAUAUUUUGGAAUAAAGGCUUAUGGAGUUCAUAUGAACGGCUAUGUCGAAAUAGAUGGGCAGAAAUUUCUAUGGAUUGGAAAAAGAAGUCAAGUGAAACCUACUUAUCCAGGAAUGCUUGAUCAUCUAGUUGCUGGAGGAUUGCCACAUGGUAUUGCUUGUGGGGAGAAUCUUAUGAAGGAAUGUGAAGAGGAAGCAGGAAUACCUAGGUCAAUAUCCAAUGGAGCUAUACCAGUGGGUGCUGUUUCCUAUAUGGACAUUGAUGGGUACCGAUAUAAAAGAGAUGUUCUAGUUUGUUAUGAUUUGAAACUACCUGAGGAUUUCAUACCUGAGAAUCAAGAUGGAGAAGUGGAGAGCUUCAAGUUGAUCCCUAUCACACAUGUUGCAAAUGUCAUACGUAGAACAGAAUUCUUCAAGCCAAACUGCUCACUUGUCAUCACCGAUUUCUUGUUUCGACAUGGGUACAUUUGUCCUGAAUCCUUUAGGUACUUGGAUCUGCUGCAAAGUUUGAGAAGGGGAGAUUGCUCCUAAUUAUAUUUGUGAAAAAGAAAAAAGAAUUUGAGCAUUUUCUGUUAAGGAAAAAUAAGGUAUUAAUAAUUGAGUAGU